CAUGUUGAGUUUAUAUUUUUGUUUAGUAUAUAAAACAUUAAUAGGGCCUCCCAUGCACCACGGAAAUUGUAAAGGUUAAAAACAAUGACAGAACUGUUACUUUUUUGUGAAUGGAGGUCAAACUGAAGCCAAGCCUACUGUCUUUUUGGCAAUCUGUAUUGUUGCAAUCUUUGCAAUAAUGUUUGUCUACUAAACAAUUACUUUUAAAAUACUUUGAGCACAGAUGAGAAUGGAGGCAGUUUCCAUAGUGCUUCUCCUCAUUACCCUGACCAAAACAUGUUGUACAAUAGAUGUCACUGAAUUUGCCCCUGCAGCCGGUUGUAAAAGCUUUUCAAAACACAUUAUGGCCUUGUUUUUUAAGAUAAAUAUUGGCUCAUAUGUGCUCAACUGUUUUGCAUUAAAAUAAUAGAUUACUGCUGCUCAUUGUGGAUGGCUCUUUUAAAAAAGUAGAAUACAAUUUAUUUAUCCAUCCAAUAUAUCAGGGUGGAGACAACUACAGUAUAUUCAGGCCAUUUUACAUUAUCAACAGUGGACUGUAAAGUAUAGAGAUUUCAUGGUUGCUAUAGACAAAGAGAAAACAAAGUGGUUUGCAGAUGGCUCAAAUGUACUGCAUGCUUAUCAUUAAACAAUGAUAAUUAUGUUCAUGCCAGACACAGGUGGAAUUGCCUAUCAAAACAGUCAACACUAUAUAUAGGCCGAAAGUCCCACCAUUCUCAACUCAUAAUAGUGUUGAUAUUUCACAGGAAGGAUUUAAAAUGGAGCCAAUCCAGUGGCUGUGUGAGCAGCAUCCAUUUCUGACGUACCAAUGUUUUUCCAUUCCCUUUGCUUUUCUAUUCUACGUCUUGGCUAAACAGGGAUGUCUCUCUUUGACAUACAGGUACCUCUUCUUGGCAUCCGGAGGCUGUAUCCUAGCGAUUAUCACCAUGGGUGUAUACAGCUUGCUUCUGCUCAUCUCCACUGUGAUCUUUGUGCUGCUGGUGUGUUCACUGAGCCCAGAGCGUGUCCAUCCAUGGGUCUUUGGACUGCAGAUGGGUUGGCAAACAUUCUGGCACCUGCUCAUACAGUACAGAGAAUACUACCUCAAUGAGCCCACUGAUUCCAGGCUUCUCCUAUCAAUGUCCUCCUUGAUGCUACUCACCCAGAGAGUCACCUCCGUGUCAAUGGAUCUACAGGACGGGGGCAGGGUGACAUUAAUGACCCAAUGCCGGGCCUUUCUCCCACUCAUCAGCUAUGCACUAAACUUCACUGCCUUGCUCGGCGGACCCCUGUCCUCGUUUGACCAAUUUGUAUAUUUUGUAGAGCAGAUUACAAUCAGCCCUCCUCCCCAGCCUCUGUCCGUUAUAUCCUACAAGGGCUUUCAGGUGUUAUCUCUGGAGUGGGCUAGGAACCAUCUCACUCGUCUCCUCAGAGACAAUGCCUUUAGUUUGGCCGUCUCCAACAACGUCCUCACCGAUGUCUUGUGGAUAUGGGGCCUUGCUGUGGUGUUGAGGAUCAGAUACUACUCCCACUGGAAGAUCAGUGAAUGUCUGAAUAAUGCUGCUGGGCUUGGGUUCAGGGGGAUGGUCAGGGAGGACAGCCCAAACUGGAGUGGCCUGUCUGACGGAGAUCUUUGGACCACAGAGAUGUCCUGCCAGGUGUCCGAAUUUGCCCGUCGGUGGAAUGGUACGACAGCUACAUGGCUACGUAGGCUGGUUUUCCAAAGAUGCAAAACUGCUCCACUGGUAAUGACAUUUGGGUUUUCCAUCUGGUGGCAUGGCAUACACCUGGGUCAGUUUGUAGGGUUUCUUCUCUGGGCUGCAGCUGUGAGAGCAGACUACCAGAUACACAAGUACUUGAAGCCAAAGCUCACGUCUACUAGGAGGAGAUUGGUGCGCACCUGUCUGUGUUGGUUAAACACUCAAAUGGUAAUGGCGUGUGUUGUUAUUGCAAUCGAGCUUCGAAGCACUUCCUCUUUGAAAAUAUUGGGUCUGACAUACACUGGAGUUUUUCCUCUUCUUAAUGUUCUCUUUAUCUUCAUUGUAUGAUAAGAUCAAGAAUAAUCAUAUCAUCUGGGUUUUUAAAUGUUGCUGUAAAAUCAAUUAGUUGACGUUAUUCAUAGUCAUUGACACAAAAAGCACACUUCUAUUCUUGCUUGUUUUGGAGGACUGAAGGGGAAGGUAUCGUGUUCUGAGAGAGUGCAACCAUCUGAUUAUUUUGGAGCAAUUGUUAUCUUAUUUACAGAACAGUAUACCUUGUUGAAUGCAUCUACCAGCUGAGGGUCAGUGUAGAUUUGUAGAAACCUAAUGAUUUUAUCCUAAUUGUAUGGCUGUU